UUUCUAUUCUUUAAACCAAACCAUGGAAGAUCUCCGUAUUACCGGCUACAACGCGUUGUUGACUCCUGCUUAUCUUCAAGAAGAAUUCCCGGCUUCGAAAAAUUCGGAAGAGACGGUGUCCAAAGCUCGUCAGGAAGCCCAAGCCAUCUUGAGCGGUAAAGAUGAUCGUCUUUUGAUCAUUGUGGGUCCCUGCUCGAUCCAUGAUACCGAAGCUGCCAAGGAAUACUGCCAACGCUUGCUCAAGGUCAAGGAACGUCUUCAGAACGAAGUGUUGAUUAUCAUGCGUUCGUACUUUGAAAAGCCUCGUACGACUGUGGGUUGGAAGGGUCUUAUCAACGAUCCUGAUAUCGAUAACAGUUACAAUAUCAACAAGGGUUUGCGUGUCGGUCGCAAGUUACUGUGUGAUUUGACAGAUAUGGGAAUGCCCGUCGCGGUGGAAUUGCUCGACACCAUCUCUCCUCAAUAUCUUGCCGACCUCAUGUCGUGGGGUGCUAUCGGAGCACGAACGACCGAAUCGCAACUUCACCGUGAAUUGGCUUCCGGCGUCAGUUUCCCCGUGGGUUUCAAGAAUGGUACCGACGGCAACGUGCGUGUAGCCAUCGAUGGUAUUGGUUCGGCUUCCGCUCCCCAUCACUUCUUGGGUGUCACCAAGAACGGUACCGUGAGUGUGACGCACACCGCCGGCAAUCCCGAUUGUCACGUUAUUCUCCGUGGCAGCAAUGAUGGCCCCAACUAUGAGAGAGAACACAUUGAAAAGGCCAAGGCGCAACUGGUCAAGGCCGGUUUGCGACCCAACAUCAUGGUCGACUGCUCUCACGGCAACUCCAACAAGGAUCACCGCAACCAACCUAAAGUGGCGGAAAACCUGGGACAACAGAUCAGUGCUGGUGAAACAGCGAUCAUGGGCCUGAUGAUCGAAUCACACAUCAACGAAGGCAAGCAGAGCGUGCCCAAGGAAGGUCCCAGCGGUCUGAAGUACGGUGUGUCCAUUACCGACGCGUGCGUCGAUUUUGAAACGACCGAAACCAUGUUGGACGAGUUGGCCCAGGCUGUGAAAGCGCGAAGAGAAGCAUUACAAAAGGCAUAAAUAGAUCGAAUCAUACACUUUUUUUUUUUAAACCGACGCAACAAGCCCCCAAGGAAAAGACCAAAUUUCUCGACUCCAACAUGCAUUCCAUUCAUUCGUUUUUUUUUUUUUUUU